GCCGGCCAGGGGACCGCAGCAGUUCCGGUUUGUUAGAGAAAGGCGGAUGAAACGCUCCUAACAGGGAACAAAGAACGAGUGAGCUAACCAAUAUGUGAAUAGCUCUUUCCGCUUGAACCCAGACUGCAUCCACGAUGUCAAAACGGCCAUCCUACGCACCUCCCCCUCCCCCAGCCCCAACACCACAAUUGCCUUCCACCCCUGGGUUUGUGGGCUACAACCCUUACAGCCAUCUGGCCUACAACAACCUCCGGCUGGGAGGGAGCUCCGGAGGCUCCAGCAGGAACGCCUCAGGCAUCACCGUCCCAAAGCCUCCCAAACCUCCAGACAAGCCACUGAUGCCUUACAUGCGGUACAGCCGGAAGGUAAGCAGGAAGGUAUGGGACCAAGUGAAGGCAUCCAACCCCGACCUGAAGCUGUGGGAGAUCGGGAAGAUUAUCGGAGGGAUGUGGAGAGACCUGACUGAUGAAGAGAAACAGGACUACCUGAACGAGUACGAAGCUGAGAAGAUUGAGUAUAAUGACAAUUUGAAGGCCUACCACAACUCCCCAACCUACCUGGCCUACGUCAACGCUAAGAACCGGGCUGAGGCUGCAAUGGAAGAGGAGAGCAGACAGAGGCAGACUCGUAUGGACAAAGGCGAGCCAUACAUGAGCAUUCAGCCGGCUGAAGACCCUGAUGACUAUGAUGAUGGUUUUUCAGUGAAGCACACAGCAGCUGCUCGCUUCCAGAGGAACCACCGGCUCAUCAGCGACAUCCUCAGUGAGAUUGUGGUACCUGAUGUCCGCUCAGUGGUAACCACAGCCCGCAUGCAGGUCCUCAAGAGGCAGGUCCAGUCUCUUAUGGUGCACCAGAGGAAGCUGGAGGCUGAACUGCUGCAGAUCGAGGAUCGCCACCAAGACAAAAAAAGACGCUUCCUGGAGACCACUGACUCGUUCAACACUGAACUCAAGCGGCUUUGCGGUCAGAAGGUUGAGGUGGACAUGGAGAAGCUUGCAGCAGAGAUGGCCGCGGCUGAAGAGGCGGCCCGUCGUCGGGCAGAGGAGAGGGAGCGUGAGGCAGCUGAGCAGGCAGAGAAAGCUGCUCAGCAGGCGCAGCAGCAGCAGCAGCAGCAGCAACAACAACAACAGCAACAGCAGCAGCAGCAACAACAACAACAACAGCAGCAACAGCAGCAACAACAGCAGCAGCAGCAGCAGGAGGCUGCUUGUAACAAAGCUGCUGAGCAGAGCAGUGCUAAUGCUAAAGGCACAGCUAACCCCCCUUCAGGGACCAAAGAGGAGGACAUGCCCCCACCAGUGGCGACAGAUAAAGCUGCUCCUGCAGAGCCCUCCUCAGAUUCCCAUCUGACUCCACCUCCUCCAUCUGAGGCUCCCUCUUCUGCCUCUGAUAAAGCAACUCCUCCUCCUCCUGAGCCUCCCAGGGAGAGCAGCACCCCCAACAGCAGCAUCCCCAGUGACGACUGCAGCAACAGCAGUAACAGCAUGCCCCCUCCACCCUCAGAGAGCACCCCUGGAGGAGCAGCCCCAGAGCCCCCUGUGGGCCAGGAAGCCAACUCCCCCGCAGCUAACCCUAAUGUGUCCGCAGCACCUCCGCCUCCCUCAGAAGACCAAGCCCCUCCCCCUCCACCACCACUACUUCCCUCUAGCCAAAACAGCCAACAGUAUGAUAUGUAAGAGUCAGUGUUUAAUACACAGUGGUAGCUGUAGAUGUCUUCUCUGUGCUGCAGCUCCCCUUCUGUGAGAGGAGCAGCAGGUGUGGAAGAAGUGUUUUUUUAUUAUUAGAGAGUAAGAUGGAAGCCCUGUUCAGACCUGUUGUUAACAUUUGUCGCAGGUGAUCCCAUCGCAAGCAGAAAGCUCUGAGUACCGGUGUGAACGCUCCCAGCAUGCAUUGAGCACUUGGGAACAGAAGUGAUGUAUGUGUUUAUUUGCAUUAAGUGGGAUCAGAUCGCUGUGGUCACUGGAGACGUUUUCUGAGAGACAGAUACUGAUACCAAGUCUGAACGAGGCCUGAUGGUGAGAAGUGCUGAAUGGUUGAGGGUCUGUUAUUUAGGUCAAUAAAUAGCUAACAUGCAUUUUAAUGAGCUGUGUGUGGUUUUCAUCUUGUAGUGUAAGGCAUCCGGACCAACAAAGGGGAAAUGAGGAUUUCACUUAAAUCUGUAUUUUUCCUUUAGAUUUAUUCAUCAGUAGUAAUGAGUGAGAUUUUGACCUGACUGAGUUUGUGCUCCAGGCUUUGUACAAACUGCUUCUCGUGUAAUCAUCUCACCCAAUGGAUUUCCUUGUCAUCUAAAAUAACCACAUACAUGCUGAGCUCAGGACAACAGAGGGCUGUUAAAAUGUAAAUGGUCAACAAUAACCUCACUGUCUGCUUUGACGACAUAUACCGGUAUCUCACGUGAGAUGACCGUUAAUAAUCUCCUCCUUCUUAACGUCCAAAACCGGUUACCUCCAAUUGAGUUUCCAACUAACAUGUUCCACAUUCACUGAACUUUUGAUUUAUCACAAGCUUCAGAGUAGAUUAUCAGCCCAAGUUGUCAUAAAUCGGCAGGAAACGCUAUUCUCCAGGCCCGUUCAACUGACCUAACAUACCAGCAGUAACUGACAUCUCGACUCAGCCUCACACCUAUACUAUAUCUGCGAAAUGUCACCUGUUGUCCAUAACUACCACUGUGUAGACUUAAUACUGGUGGUUGUGGCUGAAAUGUUAAGAGUACAGAUGUAUGAUCCUUUAAAUCAGCACUGUAUAAUUUGCUGAGAUAAGACCAUCGCUGCAAACUCCAGGGGGUUCCUUGCAUAUUUUACCUUCUCUCCUACUAGCUAGGAAAAUAUUUCUGGCUAAAGUGCGUUGCAUGAAAAGACCCCCCUACUUGUAAAACCUCAAACUUUUCUACUUUAUCAUUGUUUGAUUUGCAAAACAACUACUGUUAGUUCUACUUUGUGUGUUUUUUUUUUAAAUAUAUAUAGUGGAACCUUUUCAGACAAAUCUAAUCAAUUUCAGCCUCAGUAUUAAACCUUUAUCAAAACAUUCAAUCAGAUGCCAUUUACAACGUUUUAGUUUGGGAGGGGGCAACACAUAUUGUUCCACGUCUUGAAAAUGCCACAUUUCAAUUAUUUAUGCACACAUACACUGCAUGUCAUACUGAAUACUAACCAUUGAAUCCGUAAUUUUAGUCAGUGAGUGAAAGCCACGAGAAACUGUUCAAAUUUAAAAGUAGUACAAAAUGCUGCAAAAAAACAACAAAUACUUUACAUGAUGGACUCCAUUGUGUUUUUUUUUAUAUGUUAAUCAAAUGACCAGCAUGGGUUUUAAAAAGUUGAUGAUAUGGAUGUCUGUUCCCCUGUCGAAAUCACAUUUAUUUCGGAAAUAUCUGACACCAACUCUUUCAGCCUUUCAUCCGAAAUACCUCACAGACCUGAGGCUAUAUUUUUAAGGUUGCAAUGCUCCUUUAGACGGCAUAUUCCUGUUAACACAACUUCAGAAAAAAAUGCACAGUCUAAUCUCAUCCUAAUAUAACCUCAGUCACUUGUGCAUUUAAAGGACUAUUUUCUUACUUGAAUUAGACUGUUUUAAGUAUUAGGCUUCUCUUUUUUUUGCCUCUUUUUUUGUACGGUCAACUUGUCUAUCAGAAUAAAGGUGAUUUCUCAGUCA